AUGAGCUUUAAUGUGCCUGAUGCUCCGCUUAGUCCUACUGUGACGUCACAACCUUCCUCUCAGGAGCUCCAGGCUGAAGCGGCGGCCGCUGGCAGCAGUUCAGUCCUGCGAUGCACCGGCGCCCUGUUCCGUUCAGGGUAUCACUGCCCUGCAUGCGCCGAGUGUUUCCUGGUGGUCAGGAUACCCCGCGACCCUGACCAGGACAGAGCAGAUGCUGACAAUAACAUUCAAUACAAGGAUUUCUGCUGCUCCUCGUGUCCACGUUCCUCUACAACCCAAAAUCAGCUCCACAAUCACAUCAAGAGCUGCAACCAUGAUAAAUAUGAGACUCUGGUGAAGAUUAAGACUGAACAUGAGGAUCUGACGCCCACCAGAAGCUCCAGUAAUCAGCAAACGUCCUCUGGUACUGUCAGCAUUAACACCUCUCUCAGUCCCACACAGGAAGAAGGAAACGUCUGCUCACAGUGUGGGAAGAGCUUCAGAUUCCAGAGUGCUCUCAAAAUACACCAGCGCAUUCACAUAGGAGAGAAACCGUAUCAGUGCUCACAGUGUGAAAAGAGUUUUAAUCAUAAGAGUGCUCUUAAAAUACACCAGCGCAUUCACACUGGAGAGAAACCAUAUCAGUGCUCACAGUGUGAGAAGAAUUUUAUUACACAGAGUCAUCUCAAAAUACACCAGCGCAUUCACACUGGAGAGAAACCGUAUCAUUGCUCACAGUGUGGGAAGAGUUUUAUUACACAGAGUCAUCUCAAAAUACACCAGCGCAUUCACACUGGAGAGAAACCGUAUCAUUGCUCACAGUGUGGGAAGAGUUUUAUUACACAGAGUCAUCUCAAAAUACACCAGCGCAUUCACACUGGAGAGAAACCGUAUCAGUGCUCACAGUGUGAGAAGAAUUUUUAUUGUCAGAGUCAUUUAAAAAAACACCAGCGCAUUCACACUGGGGAGAAACCGUAUCAGUGCUCACAGUGUGGAAAGAGUUUUAAUAUACAGGGUAAUCUUAAAGUACACCAGCGCAUUCACACUGGAGAAAAACCAUAUCAGUGCUCACAGUGUGGAAAGAGUUUUAAUAUACAGGGUAAUCUUAAACUCCACCAGCGCAUUCACACUGGAGAGAAACCGUAUUUCUGCUCACAGUGUGGAAAGAGUUUUAUUACAAAGAGUGUGCUCAAAAUACACCAGCGCUUUCACACUGGAGAGAAACCGUACCAGUGCUCACAGUGUGGAAAUAGUUUUUAUACACAGUCUAGUCUCAAAAUCCACCAGCGCAUUCACACUGGAGAGAAACCGUAUCAGUGCUCACAGUGUGGAAAGAGUUUUAAUAGACCGAGUCAUCUCAAAAUACACCAGCGCAUUCACACUGGAGAGAAACCGUAUCAGUGCUCACAGUGUGGAAAUAGUUUUAAUACAAAGAGUGAGCUUAAAAUCCACCAGCGUAUUCACACUGGAGAGAAACCGUAUCAGUGCUCACAGUGUGGAAAGAGUUUUAAUACAAAGAGUGAGCUUAAAAUACAUCAGCGCAUUCACACUGGAGAGAAACCGUAUCAGUGCUCACAGUGUGGAAAGAGUUUUAAAAUACAGAGUUAUCUCAAAAUACACCAGCGCAUUCACACUGGAGAAAAACCAUAUCAGUGCUUACAGUGUGGGAAGAGUUUUAAUUAUCAAAGUGUUCUGAAAAGACACCAGCGCAUUCACACUAGAGAGAAAUUGUAUCAGUGUUCACAGCAAGGUUAUAAUAGUUUUGGAUUUUUCAUUAUAGUUUAGUUUUAUUUCGUUUUUCUCUAAUUCAGUUAGUUUUAAUUAGUUUUUAGAGUGGGUUUUCUAGUUUUUAUUAGUUUUUAUUAUUUGUUUAAUGCUUAGUUUUAGUUUAGUUUUUAUUAGUUCUAGUAUUAGUUUUAGUUUUUUUAUACUUUGGAUUAUUUUUCAGGUGCAGGAUUCAAAAAGGGCAGAGUAAGUAUUGUGUAAUAAAAACUCAACAAAAGACACCAUUUAAAAAAUGUAUUCAAUUACUGUUGAACAACCAACUGUCCACAAAAACUGUAACAAUCCACAAGAUAGCAGCCUUAGGUGCAAAAUGUAUGCAAUACUGCUGCUGAAAAGGACACACAUGAACAUAAUAAUUAGGGCUGUCACGCGAUAAAUAAUGUUGGGCCCCCUUAACAAAUUGCAGAUGCUGAUAGCUGAUCAGAAUGAAUUAAAUGUCACUCAGAAGUUACACUUCAGGUCCAAAUUCCUGCCUCUGGUAUUUUUACUGCACAGUUUCAGUUCUUUUAAUUUUACUUAACGAAAAUAUUGUAAUAUAAUAAUAACGACCUGGCGAGUGCAGCCAGUUGGGGGGCAGUGAGGUGAGUGGUUGAGUUCAUGUUGUGGAGGCCCCCCUGCCAUGGGCCCCAGUGCACCUUUUGUAUCUGCCGUAGUUUUUCCUGCACUUGUAAUUUACACAAGAACAAUUUUUUCUUAAAAAAAGGGCUAUUCUAAGAAAAUGAAUGUUGUUUUCUAACGUCUCACUGGUCAUGUAAUGUGAAUUACAAAUAUAUUUUCUGGUCUUUUAAGAAUGUUAAGUGUACUAUAGGGCACAGGGAGCAAGUGUGUAGGGAAGGUCUCAAAAUUGACCGUGUCCGCCUGUGCUUAUUUUUACAUUUUCAGCAUUUAGCAGACGCUUUUAUACAAAGCAACUUACACGAUGAGCGGAACACAAUGAGCAAUUGAGGGUUAAGGGCCUUGCUCAAGGACCCAUCAGUGACAACUUGGUGGUGGCUUGAACCGGCAGCCUUCUGUUUACUAGUCCAGUACCUUAACCACUGAGCUAUCACUGGCCAUUAUAUUGUUCUUAAUCAGCGUUCUGCUUCAUGCACUUUUAAGAAAUGCAAUUAACCACAGAGACACACAUUUACGUGGCACAAA